GGGGGCGGGGCGACGCGGCUGUCCGUCCGGCCGGAGCUGCAGAUGGAAAUGGCGGCGCGGGUGACCGGGAUCAUGAAGCGGCUCUCGUUACUCAGGCAGCUUCGCUACUCAGGUUAUACCUGUCGCCAUUUCACAGUUUCUUCAAUUAUGAUGGAGAGGGCCUUUGUCAACUGUGAAACUAAAGGUGAUGUUGCCGUUGUGCGAUUUAAUGCACCAGAUUCUAAGGUGAACACUCUAUCUAAAAAUCUGCAGUCAGAGUUUAUUGCGGUGAUGAAUGAAGUUUGGGCAAAUGAUGCUGUUCGAAGUGCUGUCCUUAUCUCAUCGAAACCAGGCUGCUUCAUUGCUGGUGCUGACAUCAAUAUGAUAGAGGAAUGUAAAUCUGUCGAAGAAGUGACACGAUUAUCCCAGGAGGGGCAGAAAUUGUUUGAGAAGAUUGAAAAAUCCACCAAACCUAUUGUAGCUGCUAUCAAUGGUUCCUGCCUUGGAGGUGGCCUUGAGGUCGCCCUUGCCUGCCAUUACAGGAUAGCAACAAAGGACAAAAAGACAGUACUGGGCGCUCCAGAAGUCAUGCUUGGUUUACUGCCAGGAGCUGGCGGUACUCAGAGGCUGCCAACGAUGGUUGGUCUUCCUAAUGCUUUUGAUAUGAUGUUGACUGGGAAAAACAUUCGUGCAGAUAAAGCCAAGAAGAUGGGUUUGGUUGACCAUCUAGUUUCUCCCCUUGGACCUGGCCUCAAGACUCCAGAAGAGAGAACAAUUGAAUACUUGGAAGAAGUGGCAAUUGAUUGUGCCAGAGGAAUAACAAAUAAGCAGAUUUCCCUUAAAAAGAAUAAAAGUCUUAUUGACAGGGUGCAGUCAUGGGCUUUGAAAUUCCCUAUAAUCAGGGAACAAGUGUACAAAAUGGUAGGCAAAAGGGUGAUGGCACAGACCAAGGGACUCUAUCCUGCCCCACUGAAGAUCAUUGAGGUUGUGAAAACUGGAUUAGAGCAGGGAUCAGAUGCUGGUUAUCUAAUUGAAUCACAGAAAUUUGGAGAACUGGCGAUGACAAAUGAAUCAAAGGCACUGAUUGGACUUUAUCAUGGUCAAGUAGCAUGCAAGAAGAACAAGUUUGGAAAACCACAGAAGGAAAUUGAGAAAAUUGCUAUUUUGGGUGCUGGUCUAAUGGGAGCUGGUGUUGCACAGGUCACAAUAGACAAAGGUACUUUAACUAUCUUAAAAGACACUACAUUGGAAGGCCUUGAAAGAGGUCAACAACAAGUCUAUAAAGGACUGAAUGAUAAGGUAAAGAAAAAGAACUUAACAUCAUUUGAGCGUGAUAGAAUCCAGUCAAACCUGAUUGGUCAGUUAGACUACAAAGGAUUUGAAAAGGCAGACAUGGUAAUUGAAGCAGUUUUUGAAGAUAUGAAAAUCAAACACGCUGUUCUGAAGGAAGUUGAAGCUGUCGUAGCUCCUCAUUGUAUAUUUGCUAGCAACACAUCAGCUCUUCCAAUUUCUGAAAUUGCUGCUGUCAGUAAGAGACCAGAGAAGGUAAUUGGAAUGCACUAUUUCUCACCUGUGGACAAGAUGCAGUUAUUGGAAAUAAUCACCACAGAUAAAACCUCCAAAGAGACAACUGCGGCUGCUGUAGCAGUUGGCCUUAUGCAAGGAAAAGUCAUCAUUGUAGUAAAGGAUGGCCCUGGUUUUUAUACCACAAGAUGCCUUGCACCUACAUUGGCAGAAGCACUCAGAAUCUUGCAGGAACACGGUGAUCCAAAGAAACUAGAUGCAGUUACAACUGGCUUUGGGUUUCCUGUGGGCACUGCCACGCUGAUUGAUGAAGUUGGUAUUGAUGUCGCAGCGCAUGUCGCAGAGGAUUUGGGAAAAGCUUUUGGCUCUCGAAUGUCUGGUGGGAACGCUGACCUAUUAAAGGAGAUGGUUGCAAAGGGAUUUUUAGGCCGUAAGACAGGAAAAGGUUGCUACCUUUACCAGGCAGGUGCGAAAGGUAAAACUUUGAAUCCAGGUGCUAAGGAAAUCCUAGGCCGCUUUAAACUGCCCGUUAACCUUGAGGUUUCAUCAGAUGAAGAUAUUCAGUUGCGACUGGUGUCAAGAUUUGUGAACGAGGCAGUACUGUGCCUUCAAGAUGGAGUAUUAAGUGACCCAGUUGAGGGAGAUAUUGGUGCUGUUUUUGGCCUAGGGUUCCCACCAUGCCUUGGAGGACCAUUCAAAUUUUUGGAUGCCUAUGGAGCAAACAAACUGGUUGAUAAGAUGAAAAAAUAUGAAAGUGUUUAUGGCAGUGAGUUCACACCUUGCCAGAUGUUGCUGGACUACGCUAAGGACACGAGCAAGAAAUUCCAUCACUAAGAUGAAGCUUGUACCUAUCUACAUAACAGGAUUCAUCCAAUAAAAAUGUACAUAAUUGCAGAAUGUGACCAUUUUCAAAAGGUUGCAAUCACGUUUCUUGGAUACAAGGGGAAGUUUUAUCUGAACUGUUGAUUUCUUUAACAUUAAAUGAUAUACAGUCUGAA